AUUUACAUUCAGAAUCCAGAAAAUAAAUGGAGGAAUAGGUAUUUUUUUAUUAUGGCCUAUUGAUUGAUAUGAAUCUAAUAAGGAAUAUUGCGAAUAAUUAUUCCAUUCAUGCAUUUGAUCAGAUUUCACCGUUAUUGUUAUGUUCUUGGAUGUCCAGCUGUCAAAUUGAUAACAUACAACCAACUGUCAAAAAAGACAUAUGAUUGUAACAGGGGAUUGUGAAAUGAACUAAUUUUUGGCAUUUCUAGAAAAAACUCGUAUAUGAAAAUAAUUUCUUGAGAUAGUUUAUCUGAUAAGAAAGUGCAACGUCAAUGAUUUUGCCCAGAAACUUUAAUCAGUGACAAUAAUCAACUAACCUCAAAGUGGUAAUUUGUUGCGUCUUUUUCCCACUACGCAAGUCUUUAUUCAGUAAUAAUUGAGUAAAAUUGCGUAAUCGGAACAUAAAUGUCUUAAUCAUCGUACGUACAGGAAUACUUAUAAGCGGUUUUGUUAACGCAGCAGUAAUUCUUACAUUAUGGAGCUAGCGAAUGUCAAAGUUUGUGUUAUUAACACUGGAAACAUACUUUCCAUCAAUGAUAUUACAAGAAAAUCGGGGCUAAAUCCCACUGAAGAGCUAACUGAAGCGAUCAACAUUACCGUAAAAGAAUACAAAAACAGUAACGCAACUCCUGUACAAAACGGCAAGGUAUUGAUUAACAGGCCUUCAGAUGACCUUAAAGCUAAGUUGAAUGAACAGUCUCUCUCUGAUCUCAAAAUAGGCUUCAAAAUAUUUAUAAAUAGUGAUAGUAAAGCUUUAAUUCAGGAAGCUAUAGAAGAAGGGCUCUCGACCUUGAAGGUACCGUGUGUACAAAAUGUAGUUCUGCAGUACAAAAAAGAUAAGUUUAUUGAAGCUGGAGAUGACAUAAACAGUUUAAAAAACAUCUGGAGCAUCCUUGAGGAAUACGUUAAAAAUGAAAAAAUUAACCAGAUCGGAUUAUCAGAUGUAGAGGAAACUACUUUUAGAAAUGUAUUUGAAUGGGCAACGAUCAAACCAUCAAUAAUUCAAAUUAACUUGGCCACGUGUUGUGUUGUGCCUCCAACUUUGCAGCAAUUUUGUAAGGACAAUGAUGUACAGUUGCUAACACAUAGCGAUUCCAAUGAUAUACUUCCUAAAAACGCAAUCAAGGACAGCUUGGGUGUAGAUUUGUCUGUCAAAUGGGUUUCAAGAUUUUUGGUCCACAUUAAAUGUCGGGGCGUUCUUUGUACUAAAGGUUAUUUGGUUGGUUUAGGUGAAAUGUAGAUUUUUGCACUUCUCUUUUUGCAUUUAUGUUAAAAAAUCAAAACUUUAUAAAUGUAUUAAAAGGUGUGCAGUAUUAUUAUUAUUGUGAUUUGCACCCAGUGUAGAAUGUUUUCGCAAUAAAGCAUUAUUUUUUUA